UGUAAGGGAGUAGUAUAUGUGAGCACAACACCCAUGAAUGUUAUCAUUUCUAGUGAUUUGUUAAUUAUUAACAUUCAGUCAACUCUCAGGCUCACCUCUUCGGUCAGCGCCCUUGCAGGCAAACGGAUAAAGCUGAGCCUAUUUUCUGAAAAACAGCUGAUAACAUUCUUGUUUGAGGGAUUUUUUUAGCUUGUUGCUGCCUUAAAAUUCAUAUUGUAAGGUUGGAAAUAUGUGUUUGCUGGAACAUUGUGGCAGCAGGUGUCAGUUUUACUUUCUACACAGGGAUAAACUUAUCUGGCUUUUGAAUUUAAUCUGUUGAUAUGAUCUGCCACUUCUCUCAUAUGUGAAAAAUGCCAGCUGCUGCUCCACAUGGAUGUAGCAACGAUACCUCGCUCCCCAUGUGCUAUGAGGAGUCAGCUGGUCCACUUGCUGUAAUAAUCAUUCCUUGUCUGCUGGCUCUGAGCACAGUUUUAGUUGUGGCUGUGAUUUUCUAUAAACUCCACAAGAAGAAACAAAGAGGACAGAGCACUGCAGUUCAUUUUACAAAUGGCCAGCAGAGUGUCACCCUGACUGCAGCUUCUAUAAGCACUCCAAGGGUCCAGGCAGCAUUGUACUCCUGGGAAAUCCCUGAUGAGUGUGUUCUUGAGGGGCUAGAGUUUUGGCAGACGGGUCGCUAUGGCCCCAUUUGUAAAGGUUUGCUGAAGAAGAGAGAUGGAGCCUCCUCUGCUGUGGUGGUUAAGACCUUAAAAGAUGGCCUGAACCAGCCUGAAGCGAAGGAGUUUUUGGAGUGGAUCCUCUUCCACACUACAGUAUGCAAACACAAGAACGUGGUGCGGAUGUUGUACUGUCAGACCAAGCGUCCGCCCAUGUGUCUGGUCUUAGAUGCGAACAGUCCAGGGAACCUCCUUCACUUCCUCUGGACACUCAGAAAUAAGGAAACAAAUGCAAAUGCAUCCCUGAACUUCUCUGAGAAGUCUGUGUUUCUGGUGGCAAAGCAAGUUGCAGCUGGCCUGGAUUACCUGAUGUCAGAGCACAGGCUGGUGCACGGUGAUGUUGCUGCCAGAAACAUCUUAAUUGGCCCAGGCCUCUCAGCCCGAGUCUCUGGGCUGGGUGUGGCAUUUGGAGGACGCAUGGAUCCACCAAUUAGGCAGAGGGCAGCAGAGGUGCCUCUCAAAUGGCAGGCUCCAGAGAGGAUCAUGAUGCAGCUCAGUAUCGACAGGAGUGACGUGUGGUCAUUUGGAAUCUUUCUCUAUGAACUGAUUACAUUAGGCUCUCCUCCAUACCCUGAGCUGGAGUCCCUUACUGUGCUUCCAAAGCUACAGGGUUCUUAUCGAAUGAAGAGACCGGAGAAUUGUGGAGGAACUUUGUAUGAUCUGAUGAAGUACUGUUGGAUGUGGAGUUUUAAAGACCGACCAGCAUUCUCGGCCAUCAUAAAGCUGCUUGAGUCCUCACAGCAUCUGGCGGCUACUAAAGACAUUUGUGUUCCCGAGGUCAUAGACAUAUCUGAGUAUAACAAAAAUGCAGGACUGCUUUCAUAGGCUCAUGUGUCCCAACUAUGGCAACACAGGAAACAACAUAUGAACUGUGAUUUCAAAGUAACAUCCUCUGAAAUUGAAUAGCUAACUAAUGACACUGAAAACAAUUCAUUUUAUUAUCACCUCUUUAUUGUCAAAAAUGUACAGACAGUAAAAGUAAAAUCACAGAUCUUAUUAUCCAUUAAGAUCUUCUUUUUUUAUUUUUAUCACAGGGCAAAGAGUACAGUCAUUUUAUCUGUAAUGCUCUUGGCAUGCAUACAUUACUGUGACUUCACAGUUUGAAAACCAAAACACCCACACAGGAAAGCUGGAUUCACUAGAGUAGGUUUGUGUUUAGUCUGUGUAUGCACUUAACAUUGUAGGUUUUUUUUUCACAACAUUGGUUACUAUAACCAUGCCAAGAACCACAGUGGGUUUAGAUCAAUAUUGAUAUUCUACUUUCUUCUUCUACUA